AUGGAGUUUUGUGAAUCUGCGUUAUGCACCUCCUUCCUCUUUUAUCGCCGACUCCAGCGGUUCAAGGCGAAGUUUCCCAUCCAUUCGAGGCGUUCCGGUAUUACCAACGCCCUUUUCGUCAAUUUGCCGACAGGUCCUGACGUUGCGUUGGUAGAACCGACAUAUCGAGCACUUCGGCAGCGAGAAAAAGACAUCAAAAAUCGAGGAGGCCCCAUAGUGCACGAAGAUUUUGUCCAACGAAAUGCUGCUUUUGAAGUCGAUGCAUAG